AUGCCACUAGCUGGAACCCCUGCCCCAACCAAGAAGAAAAGGACAACCAGAAUAAUUCCAACAACAUUGAAGGAAGUCGGAACCGAGAUUAACCUUGGGAAGAAAAUCAGCAUCCCAAGAGAUGUGAUGUUGGAGGAACUGUCACUAUUGAAGAAUAAAGGAUCCCUGAUGUUUAAAGAGAGGCAACGCAGGGUCGAAAGGUUCAUCUAUGAAUCAAAUCCUGAUGUCUUUAACACAGAUUCGAUGGACAACUUUCAGAAGUACUUACCUGAUUCUGGUGUUGUGCUGAAGACUGGGUCAGGGGGCAUCCAGAUGACUGGACAAACAGGAUUCGGAAUCAGAAGUGGGUACACUCGCUAUGGAAUACAUUCAAGGGGCACAGCACCAGCACCAUAUCCCAAACCUCAGCAUCUAGCUGCUGUUUCUGGAAUUACUGGGAAACAUGGGAGCAGUCAUGAUCAAGUAGAUGGAGGGAGCGGAGGGGCUGGAGGCCUUGAGGGUCAUGGAGGUCAGGGUGCAGCAGAUGGUAAAAAAGGAUCUGGAGGAGCUGGGAAAAAGCACAUCACAAUAUUGAAAACCUAUGUGUCACCUUGGGAACAGGCCAUGGGCAACGACCCUGACCUGAAGGCAACCAUGAGUUUACACAUGCAAUCUCCAUCCAGCCCAACCAAGUUGCAUUCUUAUAAAUCUUUCAACAGAACUGCCAUGCCGUACGGAGGGUUUGAAAAGGCAGCCAAACUGAUGACUUUUCAGCUCCCGGAAUUUGAUACAGCUCCUCCAGAACCCGAGCCUGUGGUCAUAUUUCACCAAGACAUCAGCUGCCGGCCAAACUUUAACAGGACCCCACUGGGCUGGACUCCAAUGAGCACAGAUUCUUUGGUUAACCUUGGAAUAGAUCUCGAGUUCAACGCUGAAACUGAUGACCUGUAG